GUCAUGGAGAGACUGAAGUUUAGUAUAAGAGCGCAGCGCGCAGCGGGGCGCAGGGACUACCGCUCAGCUGGGAGACGCUGGAGAUGACACUGGGGCGCUUGUAGACGGUUUUUGAACACUCGUUCGGAGCAGAAAGUUUGGCAGCCAUGACUUGCAUACAUCCCCAGCAUGGAUCUCAGUUCUAUGAGAACAGCAUGAGCAGCAUGGAGUCUCAGAGCGCAGACCUCGCCUCUUGGCUGGACAUGAGCAGCCCACGGGACCACCUCUCUCCCCCUUCCCUGCCGAGCGCCGGCCCGGUGCUGCGGACGCCCGCCGAGGACUACGAAGCCUACUCCUGCCAGUUCACUACAGCCCCUGCCCACGUGACCUCUCCCUCAGACCAGGAGGGACAUUUCAACAUGGAGGAGCUCCAGAUCUACGGCUGCUACCCGGGGCCGCUUAUGCUGAACUAUCCCGGUGAGGCCAUGUCUCCCGGCGGGUCGGAUUAUUACGGCAGCCCCGCGACGGCCUCGUCCCCUUCAACGCCCGGAUUCCAGGGCCAGCAGGCCUCUAACUGGGAUUCGGUUUUCGGGACAUAUUCGGCCAGCCCGGAGUGUUGGAUGGCUAAGGACUUAUCAGGACCAAAUGCAUCCACUUUAUUUCCUUUCACCUCUGGAGCCGUGGAGGACAUGUCUAAUUUUGGUUCGUCGCUCUUGCAAGAGCAGGAACUGUUUGCUUUGGCUCAUCCUCUUCAAUCCGGACUGACCUUCCCGUCUGUCGUGAGGGAGCAGGGACUCGGCCUUCACGGCAGCGAACAGCUGGACACAAGCUUAUCCCCCAAGCUGAGACGUGGAAAUGAGGGCGACUGCGCGGUGUGUGGAGACCAUGCCUCCUGUCAGCACUACGGGGUUCGCACCUGUGAGGGAUGUAAAGGCUUUUUCAAGCGCACAGUGCAGAAAAACUCCCGAUACGUUUGCAAUGCCAACAAAGACUGUCCGGUGGACAAGAGGAGGCGCAACCGGUGCCAGUUCUGCCGCUUCCAGAAGUGCCUCGCCGUGGGGAUGGUGAAGGAAGUUGUGAGAACAGACAGCCUGAAAGGACGCAGAGGUCGUCUUCCUUCAAAGCCCAAAGUGGUUCAGGACCUGCCAGCCCCUGCGUCCCCAGUGAACAUGAUUGUGUCCCUCGUUAGGGCCCAAACAGAGUCAAACCCCAGCAUCGGGGCUCUAGACUACUCUAAGUAUGCAGAGCAGAAAUUCAUCACGGACCAGAAGGAAGACGAGAGCGACGUCAAACGCUUUUACGAGCUGCUCACGUCGUCUUUUGAGGCCAUCAGGAAGUGGGCGAACGACAUCCCUGGUUUCUCCGACUUUUGUCCUGAGGAUCGGGAACUUCUCCUCGAAUGUGCGUUUAUUGAACUCUUCAUUCUGCGUCUUGCAUACCGGUCAAACCCUGAAACGGGGGAACUAAUCUUCUGCGAUGGCACCGUGCUUCACAAAACGCAGUGCGUUCGAAGCUUCGGGGAAUGGAUCGUCUCCAUCUUGGAGUUUUCCCAAAGUCUUCACUGCAUGAAACUGGACGACGAAUCCCUCGCCUGCCUCUCCGCCCUGGUUAUAAUCACUGAUCGUCAUGGUCUCAAGGAGCCCAAGCGUGUGGAGGACUUUCAGAACCAGCUCAUCACCUGCCUUAAAAACCACAUGUCUGGCUGCGGUUCUGAGUCGCUGCCGCCCAAUUUCCUGUCCCGGCUUCUUGGGAAGCUGCCUGACCUCAGGACUCUGAGCACGCAAGGCCGCCAGCGCAUCUUCUACCUGAAACUGUCGGACCUUGUUCCGCAACCUCCGAUCGUGGAAAAGAUCUUCAUGGACUCCCUAUUGUUUUAAAAUCUAUUUUCUUUCUGACAUGGCAAGAAAGGAAGAGGACUAAAUUCUUGGUGAAUCUGCAGUUUGGUGCUACUUCUUAGUUUGUGCUGAUAGACAUAGCAUCUGGAUCCGGAGCAACAUGGGGCAUCAUGGUUGACGUUUUGGACAGCUGUAGUCUGAAGAUGGAUUUAGAAAAGGUCCACUCUGCAGACCAAACCGCGACUGUUUACAUUCAUGACUGGAGACUCUUCUGAAUGCGAGGAAUAUUAGCUUAACUUCCCCUGUCAGCUACAGUGUGAAAAUGUUCUCUGUGCAGCUUUUUUCAAGCAGAACUGUGAGAGCUGAAGCUUGAGUGAAAACAGUUUAAACAGUCAAAGUUAUUUUUUUUACAAAACCAGCUUGUGAUCCAGACAAAGUUUCCAUUUCUCAAAAACGUGAGGCAGAAGCCUCUUACCGAUCGAUUACACUUUAUAUUAAACACCGCCAUGAUAUUUUUGGUGAUAUUUUUGGUAGCUGAAAUCUAUGAAAAUUAUUCAGUGGUAUCAUUCAUGUAUCAUGAAUCAGCAUUGAGCAGCUAAUAUACUGUGUAUUUUUUUUUUUAAGUACAGUCUUACACACUGUGGUUUUCUUUGUGUUUUUUGAAUCUUUAUGAAAACACCCAGCUGUGUUGACAUAUGAAAUGUGUCCCUGUGUGCAGGGAGAUUUUUGUUGUGGGCUUGUUUUUGUACAUGUAAAAGUGAAACUUCACUGCUCAAAUGUAAAUAAAUGCAGAAUUUAAUAUUUCAUAA